CCUCUCUCCCUCACUAGCUCUCUCUCAUCUGCACUAUUGAUCCAUAAAUCAACCAUGCAGAAAACAUACUCUUUCUCCUUCAUAUCCUCUAGUGGCAGUGAUAGUGCCUGCUACUUAGAAGCUGACGAAGUUGACAAUGAAGAUUCCAUUUCCCUCUCCCUUGCCCCUCCUAGCCAGCACCAAUUCAAAUCCAAGGUCUCUAACCCAAAACACUCUUCUACUAUGCCUGAUCACCACCAGCAAAACCCUGACCUCAUCAGUGGUGUAACAGUGGCCCUCCACAUUGGCCUUCCCACCACCAAACCUUCUUCUCCUACUCCGAUUCACUGUCGAUAUUGGAUCCCUACUCCUCAACAAAUCCUCAUUGGGCCCACCCAGUUUUCUUGCACUGUCUGUAACAAAACCUUCAACCGUUUCAACAACAUGCAGAUGCAUAUGUGGGGACAUGGAUCGCAGUAUAGGAAAGGAGCGGAGUCAUUGAGAGGGUCAAAAGCAGGUUCUUCAAUGCUGAGGCUACCCUGCUAUUGCUGUGAAGAGGGUUGCAAAAACAACAUAAACUAUCCUAGGUCAAAGCCACUGAAGGAUUUCAGGACCCUCCAAACACAUUACAAGAGGAAGCACGGAGGGAAGCCAUUCGAGUGCAGAAAGUGUCAUAAGCCAUUUGCAGUGAGAGGAGAUUGGAGAACACACGAGAAGAAUUGUGGAAAGCUUUGGUUCUGCGUCUGUGGUUCUGAUUUCAAGCACAAGAGGUCCCUUAAAGAUCAUGUCCGUGCAUUCGGCAAUGGCCAUGCUCCACAUAACUUAUUGAGUGAAGAAAGAGAGAAUGAAGGUGGAGAUGAUGAUGACAAUGAAGUGGUUGUUUUUACUUUCAAAUAAUAAUAAUAAUAAUACUCCAACGUAGGUGUACGUUAGGCUCUUUUUUUUCGUUGUAACUAGGACUUGGAUUGAUCCAUUAAAAGAUUGUACCUUGUCUGUGGUGGAAGAAAAGGAGUGCAAGACAAACAGUGAAAUGAAAGCUAAGGUUCUUGCAUUAAAGCUUGAAGUGGCAGUCUUAUCAACUUAAAAGGACGUUUUCUUUGAUGCUACUUUUGCUGUGAUUUUCAGAGAGAGAAAGAGAGAGUAACGUAACGGAGGUAGUCAAGACUGGAGAGUAAUCAGUGAGUGUGGGUGCAGAUGAGAUGAGAAAAGGGACAUGCAGACAAGAGCAGUCACAGAUUCAACUGUUCUUGACUUUGCAUUUGCUUGCCAAAGAUAACAUGCAUCUCUAUAUUACAAAUAAGGCUUCUUAAAUAUUUUUGGCCCCUGUAUAGUUGCACUUACUUUCCAGUAUGAUAUCUACAUACAUAUUAA